GGUCUCGGUUGUUUUAUUCCGAUUUUACUUUAUUUAAGAAGAUCUUUUACAUCAGCUAGAGUUUCUGAAUUUAUGCGAUUUAUUAUAGUGGCAAGUAACACAGUUAAUAUGGGUUGUUGUAGUUCAAAUAACAGCAGUGCAAAAUAUGAAAAUAUCACGAUUGGCAGUUGUCUAAGUGACGAUGAGGCAGCAGCAAUAUCUCAAGAUCUACACAAAAUGUGUAAACUUUAUGCCCAACUAGCAAAUAUACAGUAUUCUUCUCUAAAUUUGGGAGAGUUAAAAUGUUCUGCCGUCACUACACCUAAGUGGGUAUCAUCAAAACCAACUUACAGCAAAAACUUUGAAUGGCCGAAAUAUACAAUGUUGCCUAAUAAAGGUCAGCACAGUAACAUAACAGUUGAAAGAGAAGAAGAAAUGUAUGAAAGCAUUCAAGUUACAAGGGGGUACCUCUUUGGUCUCAGUGUAGAGUCAACUGCCCCUCGAAAUAUUGAUGACAGGUUUAAUCCGGCUGGAAAGAAAACGUCACUUAACACAAUUAAAAAGACAAGUCAAUUUCUGUUUAAGUCAUCUGAUCAAAUAAUAUUACCUAACUGCUGUUAUACUGGUCGGUUCACUUGUUGUCUUCGACUAAGAGGUCAAGUCAUAUUUAGAGAACCGGAAGGAUCCGUCCAGGAUCUGCACAAGACACGUCCAGUAGCCGUCCAGGAUCCAUUUAUCGGCGCCAUCGUUUCAUGUCUACAAUUAGAAGAUCCCAAACUUUGUAACAUGUUUGUAGUUGAUGGUAAAGAUGUAGUAUGGAGAGUAGAGGCUAAUGUAGAGCAACGAUGGAUAACAAAAAAAUGAUAUUAUAAUGCAAUUUAAACCGUGUGCAUGCAAACAUGUUAUUGUAUUACAAUUUUAAAUUCUCACUGGUGUAGUUUUUUAAAUAAAAGUUUCCUUUUUUUUAACAAUGAAUCAUUGCAAUACAAAUAUGUACGUCUUCAAUUAUUCUCUAAGCAUUUAAAAUAAAUUUGACUUAAUUUUAACAAGAUAAAUAAUCAUUAAUUUUAAUUUUUCGACAUAGCUUUAGAAAAUAAGUAGAAUUUUCGUUUCAAAAUGUAUGUUACAUCUUUAGA